UGAGUGAGGUUGUGUGUGGAACUCAGAGUCAAUCUCAACCACCACCAUGAUGAAGGCUGUGUUUGCUGUGUUGUCCAUCGUCGUCCUUGUGGCCUCUGCCUUGGCCAGUCCCAUGCCUGAACCUGGCUAUCGUCGCUAUGGUGGCUACGGUGGUGGCUAUGGUGGCUACGGUGGCUAUGGCGGCGGAUACGGCGGAUACGGCGGUGGAUACGGCGGCUAUGGUGGUGGAUACGGCGGCUAUGGUGGUGGAUACGGCGGCUAUGGAGGCGGAUACGGAGGCUAUGGCGGUGGCUAUGGAUAUGGCCGAUAAGUGAACAUAGACGAACAUGGGGAAUUUACUGCAAGGUGAUUAGCAGACGUGACCACUUUAUGUUCAGUGGUCCUCCCUCCAUAUACCAAUCACCUAUUACACCCCUACGUAAUUACCCCAUUUAUCACCCUAAUUACUCCCUUUAUCACUCUAAUUACCACAUUAUCCUUUGUAAUAAAUCACAU